AUGGCCUCAAGAGUAUCAAUGGCAAGCAGACUCCUCCGCUCCUCAGCACUCCCAAGAACCCGUCUCACCCGCACCUACGCCUCCACAGGCUCCGGCAGCACAACAGCCGACACCCCCAACGCAACCAACACCGCCCCCACCUCUACCGGCCCCACCGCCUCUUCCCCCGAAUCAUCUUCCAUCAACACAUCCCGCAGCACCGAGCGCGCUGGCCACGCCGAGACGACUUCCGCCGGCGGCUCUGGUCGCAGCCCCGCACAGAGCAGUUUCGUGAACCAGGAUGAUCCGGUGCCGAGUCAGGACGGCGUGAAGAGGCCGCCGGAGGAGCCGGAUCAUGUGAAGAGGGAGAAGGUGGAGAAGGAGGGCAUGCGGCCGAUGGACCCGGCAGAUACGGGGUUUGGGAAGGCGACGGGGGAGAAGUAA